AUGAAACUCCUCCUCCUCACUCUCCUCUCCCUCCUCUCCCUAACCACCGCCUUCGUCCUCCCCAACCCUCUCAACGCCGCUCUCAACCUUGCAACCCGCGAUCCUCACUCUACCCGCACUAGCAACGAGCACGACCACGGUGAGGUGCACAGACGCAAAUGGCGCAAGUGCAAGUACAACUGCAAUAACUACUAUCACAACAACAAUAACAACCACCAUAAUGCUGGGGUGGUUGUGGGGCCGAGUAUGGGGAUGGGAGUGGGCGUAGUGGUUGUUGGGAUUAUGGGGGUUUGGGUUGGCGUGUAG